AACACGACAAGCGCUAGGACCCUGCGGGGCUUCUCCGGUGAAGCACAUGGCGCUCACAAGACAACUCUAUCGCUGUCAUUCUUCCCGCGGAGCCGCAACACCCCCGGACACCUCGUCCUCCUGUGCCCGCCCAGCACCGCCCUCGCGUCGGCGACACUUCGGCGAGAACAGGCUCCUCACGGCCGGUGCUAAGUUGAGGGACGCCUUUGGACUUUUUUUUUUUUUUUUUUAAGGGGGGAAAACCUCCCCAAGGAGGGGGGCGGGCGGGAAUGGGAAGGGGAGGAGAGGAGAGGGGGAGGCCCGUCAGCUGUUUUGUGUUCGGGUGAUGGUUCGGCUCCUCCGAACGCUCAUUAGUGGGUCAGCGCCAUGCCGUCGUGGACUGUCAGCCCGCUCAUGUGGACCACACUGCAGGCUCUGUUGUGCUGGGGGACCGUGGACAUGGCACACGCGGCAGGGAGUCCCAGUGUUCCACACAGACCCACUGCCAAACCCAAACACUACCAGACCACAGUACCUCUUCAGCUGGUCGGACAAGACUGGAAACCGUUCCACCAGAUCCGGUCCAAGAGUCACCCCACGUCGUUGAAGCUGCUGAUUGAGGCGGAAGGUGAGCGGCUGCUGUUGGCUGUGGACAAAAAUGAGGGCCUUUUUGCAAGUAACUAUAAAGAAACUCAUUACCUGGAAGACGGCACCGCAGUCACAGACUCGCACAACUCUCUGGCUAACUGCUACUACCACGGCCAGGUGGAACAUCACGCCGACUCGGACGUCAGCCUCAGCACCUGCGCCGGUGUCAAGGGUUUGGUCUCUCUGCAAGGCAGGUCCUACGUGCUGGAACCCUCGGCCGACCACAGCGACGGAACUCACUGGAUCUACAGGACGGAACACCUCAGUUUGACUCCUGGCACGUGCGGCCAUGACUUGAACAUAUCCUACCCUGGUGCACCGCCGGGCCGGAGCCCAUUGGUGGCCUUCAGCACGAGGCAAAGGCGCCACGCCCAGGCGACCACCACCAAGUACGUGGAGCUCAUCAUCGUGGCCGACAACCGAGAGUUCCAGAAGCACGGCAAGGACGUGGAGAAGGUCAAGCAGCGUCUGGCGGAGAUCGCCAAUUACGUGGACAAGUUCUACAGGGCUCUCAACAUCCGGGUGGCGCUGGUGGGCCUGGAAGUGUGGAGCGACGUGGACAAGUGUCCCAUCACCCAGGACCCUUUCACCACGCUGCACGAGUUCCUGGACUGGAGGAAAGUCAAGCUGCUGCCUCUGAAGCCGCAUGACAACGCUCAGCUCAUCAGUGGGGUCUACUUCCAGGGUACCACCAUCGGCAUGGCGCCCAUCAUGAGCAUGUGCACGGCGGAGCAGUCUGGAGGAAUCGUCAUGGAUCAUUCAGACGUCCCUUUGGGCGCGGCGGUCACUCUGGCCCACGAGCUGGGACACAACUUCGGCAUGAACCACGACACGCCGGAGAGAGGGUGCGGCUGCCGGGUGACGGCGGACCGCGGAGGCUGCAUCAUGACUCCCUCCACGGGGUUCCCCUUCCCCACCGUCUUCAGCAGCUGCAGCAAGAAGGACCUGACGGCCAGCUUCGACAAGGGCGUGGGGAUGUGUCUCUUCAACAUGCCCGAGGUCAAGGUGCUCUACGGCGGGCAGAAGUGCGGCAACGGAUACGUGGAGGAAGGAGAGGAGUGCGACUGCGGAGAGUUGGAGGAGUGCAUCAACCCCUGCUGCAACGCCACCACCUGCACCCUGAAGGCCGGCGCCGUGUGCGCCCACGGACAAUGUUGCCACGACUGCCAGCUGAAGGCGGCGGGAACCCCGUGCCGCCAGUCCAGCAACUCCUGCGACCUGCCCGAGUUCUGCACGGGCGACGGCCCCCACUGCCCCGCCAACGUCUAUCUGCACGACGGCCACGCCUGCCAGCGCGUGGACGGCUACUGUUACAACGGCGUGUGUCAAACACACGAGCAGCAGUGCGUGACGCUGUGGGGACAAGGGGCCAAGGCCGCUCCAGGGAUCUGCUUCCAGCGGGUCAACUCGGCGGGAGACCCCUACGGCAACUGUGGCAAGGACGCCAAAGGCUCUUUCGCCAAAUGUGACGCACGGGACGCCAAGUGUGGCAAAGUCCAGUGCCAAGGAGGAGCCAAACGCCCGGUCAUCGGCACCAACGCCGUUUCCAUAGAAACCAACAUCCCCUUACAGGAAGGAGGGAAGAUCCUGUGCCGCGGUACACACGUCUACCUCGGCGACGACAUGCCCGACCCGGGCCUGGUCCUGACGGGCACCAAGUGCGGCAACGGAUUGAUGUGCCUGAACCGCCAGUGCCAGAACGUCAGCGUUUUCGGCGUGCACGAGUGCGCCGCCAAGUGCAACGGUCGAGGGGUGUGCAACAACAAGAAGAACUGUCACUGCGAGGCCCACAGGGCGCCACCCUUCUGUGACAAGUCCGGCUUGGGGGGCAGCGUGGACAGCGGUCCUGUCAGGCUGGCAGACGGCGUGGGCGUGACGGCGGGCAUCCUGGCGCUGUUGCUCCUCCUCCUGGGAGGCGCCGCGCUGGCGUGCAUGAAGAGGAAAGGCCUCAGAGGAAUGUUGUCCACCGCCAAGACGGAUCCCACCGACAAGAUCAGAUCCGUGAGCGCCGCGACCGCCGGCCCCUCCACUCCCAGCCGGCCCCAGCCGGGCAACGCGGCGUCCCCGUCCCGUCCGGCCCCGCCCGUGCCGCACGGCGCCGCCGUCUUCAAGCCUCCUCACCGAGGCCUGGGGGCGGAGCUCCCCCCGCCGCCGCCCUACCCCUCCCACAGCCUGCGCAGGUUGCCCCAGUGCCCGCCCGCCCACCACCGCCAGCCCCUUUCCCUCACCGUGUCCCUCGCCCCGCCGCCGCCGCCGCCGCUGCCUCACAGGGUGCCCCUUCCUCACGUCCACGUCACGCCCAGGGCCGUGGCGUGCCGCCGCGCUCCACGCCAUGAGGGCUGCAGGAUGGUGAUGGAACCCGUGCGUCCUAGUCCUCCUCAGAAGCCCCUGCCCGCCGACCCGAGGACGUCCCACCUGCUGCGGGCCCCCACUGAAAGGAGCGGCGCCAAGCAGCCCGCCACGCUACCAAAGCCUUGCGUCGUCGCCAACGUCAAAUACAGCAGAUGAGACGUGAGGAUGACGACGAUGAUGAUGAUGAAGACAUUUGCACUAAGCCCCGCCCCCCCCCCCCAUCUGCCUGUGGUGCUACAAGUUCAGGUACGUGGAAAUGAACUAUUUAUAUGAUCCCUAUUUAUUUCCCACGCUGCACUGUGCCUGACAAGAGCCGAGGACCAUGACUUUCAUCUCAUUAACGUCGCCAUGGUUACUCAGUCAUAUUAUUAUUCGGAAUACCGUAUUUCCUCGAAUUGCCGCCGGGGCGCUAAUUCGUUUAAAACCUCUUCUCACUCCGGCGUUUACCAAAGGCAUGCGGUAAAGGCGAGCAUGCGCUAAUUAUUUUAAAGCCUCUUCUCGCUCCGGCGGUUACCAAAGGCAUGCGGUAAAUUUAGGCCUGCGCUUAUAAAUUUGAGUGUGAUGUAAGGAUACCAUCAUGAAAAGCACAUUUAAUAAAAAAACGUUUUUAUAGUCUUACCUUUACUUAUAAAUGAAGUUUAUGCGCAUCUCCUUCUGAUCAAAAGCAUCGAUAACUUGUUUAUAGAAGUCUUCCUUAUCUUUCUUCAGUUUUUAAAAGUCUCAAUGGAGAUCUUCCUUUAUUUUUACCUCUUGCUUCGAUUGAAAGUCCAGUUUAGAAAACGGUUUUAUUUUAGAUAUGUAAUCCUCCUCUUCUCACUCCAGCGUUUACCAAAGGUAUGCGGUAAAGGCGAGCAUGCGCUAAUUAUUUUAAAGCCUCUUCUCACUCCGGCGCUUACCAAAGGCAUGCGGUAAAUUUAGGCCUGCGCUUAUAAAUUUGAGUGUGAUGUAAGGAUACCAUCAUGAAAAGCACAUUUAAUAAAAAAACGUUUUUAUAGUCUUACCUUUACUUAUAAAUGAAGUUUAUGCGCAUCUCCUUCUGAUCAAAAGCAUCGAUAACUUGUUUAUAGAAGUCUUCCUUAUCUUUCUUCAGUUUUUAAAAGUCUCAAUGGAGAUCUUCCUUUAUUAUUACCUCUUGCUUCGAUUGAAAGUCCAGUUUAGAAAACUGUUUUAUUUUAGAUAUGUAAUCCUCCUCUUCUCACUCCGGCGCUUACCAAAGGCAUGCGGUAAAUUUAGGCCUGCGCUUAUAAAUUUGAGUGUGAUGUAAGGAUACCAUCAUGAAAAGCACAUUUAAUAAAAAAACGUUUUUAUAGUCUUACCUUUACUUAUAAAUGAAGUUUAUGCGCAUCUCCUUCUGAUCAAAAGCAUCGAUAACUUGUUUAAGGAAGUCUUCCUUAUCUUUCUUCAGUUUUUAAAAGUCUCAAUGGAGAUCUUCCUUUAUUAUUACCUCUUGCUUCGAUUGAAAGUCCAGUUUAGAAAACUGUUUUAUUUUAGAUAUGUAAUCCUCCCAUGUUAAAAGUGCAAGCGAGAGGAAAAAAAUUUACGAUCGCUGCUUGUUGUCACUUCUUCUGCAGCCGAGUAGUCGCAAGAAGGAUCACUAGCGCCCUCUACCACCAGGAGGCGGGAGUCAUUUAAUGACUCAUAUUUGACACACGCAGCUACGGUAUAUGAACAAAACAUAGCUGCUUACUGUUCUUUUUAGCAUAUUCAAUAGCUUGGACCUUAAAUCCUACUGAAUAGGUCUUAAUCUUCUUCCCUUUAUGCGAUUAAAAAUUUCUGAAAUCAGCCUCCUCCAUUUUGAAAAAGAUGACGGGUGAAAUGUCACUCGUGACGUGACGAGUUUGACCCGGCGGAAGUUCUAGGCAUACCUCCUCCAACCUCCACGGACAAAGCUUCGAACAACGGGAGACCGGGCUUUCUGCCUCCGCUGCUCCCAGUCUGUGGAACGCUCUCCCUGACCACCUGAGGGCACCUCAGACUGUGGAUGCUUUUAAAAAAGGCUUAAAACCCAUCUUUUAAAAAAAAAAAAAAGGCUUUCUAUAGACAUGCAUGCUGGUUGUAGCUUUUGGGCUGCUUCUAGUUUUAUAUUUUAUUUAUUUUUAUUAUUACUAUUUUUUUUACACUGUGGCACUUGGAGGUUGUUUGCUCAACGUAAAGUGCUUUUUUACAAAUAAAAUCUAUUAUUAUUAUCAUAUGCUAAUUAUUUGGCGAAACGAGUUUGACCCGGCAGUAAUUCAAGGAAAUACGGUAGUCCAACAACAACAACAACAUCUGUUUAAAAUCACUUCAAAGCAAGACAUCUGUUGAUUUUUUUUUUUUUUUUUGGGUUACGGUUGUCCGAUGCAAAUUUAGUUGUGCAAAAAUGACAACGUGGGUUCAAAGGUCACACGAGUGAAGUGUUUCCAUUGGAGUGCAAUUCCAUCAUGACGUAAACUUGAAGCCGGCUGAAGACUGAACUGAUUUUACUACAAUUAUUCGUGGUUUCUGUCUUAGACUUCCUGUUUUGUUGGUCAAAUCACACGAGCGACGGGGGGGAAAAAAAACUUUUGUUACCUUUUGAUAGACUUCUCUCUGUGAUGAUGCACUACUUUGAUUCCUUGGUUAAUGUGUGUUGUGUUACUGGUGAACACAUCUGGUUGUCCUUUUAUACAACAAAUAUUUCAUACUUCUUAAUGUGCAGUAAACACUGUUCAAACUA